UGAAACAGCCGCAAUUCCACAUACAGGACAGUCAACUCCAGCAGGAGACAAACUAAUACAACUUCUACGCUGAAGCAGCCUCACAAACAGUGCGGGGAGGAGGUGAAGUUCGUAUCCGUGUUCGCCUGGAGUUAUGAGUGCGGACACACAGGAACAGGAAGACGAGCUGCUCGCUCUUCACAGUAUCUUCGGUUCGGAGGAGUUCGUCCGGGAUGAGUCGAGGGCUGCCGGAGAAAUCCGAGUAUCUGCUGAGCUGCCGGCAAACUUCACUGUGGCCCUGAAAGAAGGUGAAACUCUGAGGCAGUAUGAGAUGUCAUUCCUCCCUCCUCUGCUUCUGACCUUUGAACUCCCUGAGGACUACCCAUCAUCCUCCCCUCCCUCCUUCAGCCUCACCUGCACCUGGCUGACACACGCACAGCUCUCUUUGCUGGGCGAUCAGCUCACUGAUCUCUACCAGGCCACCGGAGGCGCUGUGGUGCUCUUCACCUGGGCACAGUUUCUUAAAGAAGAUGCUCUCAGGUUUCUGCACAUCCAUACUCUGCUGGAGCUCCCCUCUGUUGAACACAGCACCCAGGACCCAUUACAUGAUCUGUCUUCAGCAGCAGUUGCUCAGGCUGAUCAAAGUGGGCAGGAAGAUUUCCUGCAUGAAGGGAGCGUUUCAUGCCCGCUAGAUCAAAGUGUACAAGGAGCUGCUUCUCUGCCGAUCCACCCGAGAGAGCCCUCUCCAAAUGGAGACCAAACCCUCUCCGGUCUCUCCUUAACUCCGUCACAAGCUCUCCUGUCCCAGCUCUUGAUCUAUGACGCGGACCAGCAACAGAAACAGUUUGCCACCAUGGUGUUUGACUGUGGUGUGUGUUUUAUGAGCUGUCUCGGUUCAGACUGUGUGCAACUGUCCGACUGUGGCCACAUCUUCUGCCAGGUCUGUCUUGGCCAGUUCUGUAAGCUCCAGAUAACAGAGGGGAACGUCCGGGGUGUCACCUGCCCUCAGGCAGACUGCACCGCCACUCCUACACCUGCACAGGUGAAGAGUCUGGUGGAGGAGGAGCUGUUCAGCCGCUAUGAUCGUCUCCUGCUACAGAAUACUCUGGACUGUAUGGCUGAUGUGGUGUACUGUCCUCGGCUUUCCUGUGGUUCGGCCGUCAUUCAGGAGAAGUCCAGCAAUGCAGCGAUGUGCUCUGUGUGUGGCUUUGCUUUCUGUGUCGCCUGCAGAAAGACUUACCAUGGACCUGACUGCCAGGCCAACGGCAAUAUGAAAAAACACACAGAAGAUGAUGCAGAGCAAACCAAAGCAGACCUGCCGCAGUCGCAAGCGGGGUUGAAGGCUCUGUGGGACGACUAUGCCACUGGCAAUAAGCAAAGGCGGCACGUCCUGGAGAGCAAAUACGGCCACAAUGUACUGCAGUUCACUAUGGAGGAGUAUCUGAGUGAGGACUGGAUAGUCUUCAAUUGCAAGCACUGCCCUCACUGCUACACCAGAAUACAGAAGAACAAAGGAUGUAACAUGAUGACGUGUUCUAGGUGUGGACAGCUGUUCUGCUGGGCCUGCCUUGCCAGACUGUCACCACUUGAUGCUUGCGAACACUUUCAGGACAGUCCCUGCUCUUUAUCCCGGUACAGGGGGAUCUAGUCUUGCAGCUACUUACCCCUCCAGCUGCUGGCCACGAUUUUGCACAUUUGCAGUUUUGAAAAAGCACACAAAUGCAAACCUAUACAAAGCAAUGAUGUGGAGCAUGUUUUUAAAAUGAUUAUCAUCUCAGCAGAGUUUGACUCUGAGCAAUCUGUGAUAAACAUUACAGGCUAUAUGGUAGUGUGGUGCAGAUGGGCCAACAAAUUUAGUUACAGUUAUUGCCAAAAAAAAAAAAAAAAAAAAAGCCAAGCACAUAGAAAUGUCACAUUAGUCUCACUGUUAGAGAUAAAAAAAAUGCAACACUAAAUAUUUAACAUUUUACUAUCACUGAUGUCUACUGAAGCUUUACAGUCAUUCACAAUAUCACAUCAUGUCCCAUACUCUCCCAUGACCAGUAGAGGGCGAUAAAUAACAAGAUACCAAAUCCCUCCUGGCUCUAUCAAAGCAUGCUUUAUCAUUUAGUAUUUAGUAAUCAAACAGAGCAUCAGUGAAAAUUCUCUGACAUGCAUGUUUGCUGCUCUGGAUAAAAGAAUCUAUGAAAGAAAAUCGCCCAGUGUGCACGUUUCAAGCUAAGUCAGAGUGUCCAUACACAAGCCAUACUUCCUCUCCUGUUAUGAUUAGGGUACCUAGUGAAGAUGCAGCUGACGAUUGUUUUCAUUUUCAAACAAUCUACCACUUAUUUCUUCUAUAAACUGUUUGAUCGCUUAAACUAUUACAUUAGCAAGUAGUAAAGAAUUCCCAGAGCCAGUGGUGACGUCUUCAAAUUCUUGUUUUCUCCAUAACACCAGCAGUUCAUAACCCAAAGCAUAUUCCUUUUACUGUCACAUCUGACUAAGAAAGCAAGCAAACAUUCUCAUUUGAGAGGUUGAAAUCAUUAAAAUUUUGCUUCAACAAGAGAUCAUCUUGCAGUGGGAUCACACCAGCUGUGAUUUCCCUCAAUGUGUUGACGUUUGGAGUACUCAUGGGUUGGACCUCACUCACCUCUGAACUAAGCCUUGAUUUUGAUCUCAAUCACACACCUGUAAAGUUUGGUGACUGCAUCUUGCAGUUUGUGACACUAUUGAGUUGACAUGCAGGCAGACAGACAGACACACAGACACACAGACAUACAUUCAUGUUCUUGCCAAACAACUCAUCAUUUAUCUCUUGCCAAUGACACAUUGUACUUUCACUCACUGUGUUUAAUGUUGUACAUUUUGUGUAUAAAACGAGAGGACAUUUUCCUUUAAGCAGUUGAUCAUGUGAAGAUGGUUAGACAAACUGAAUAAAUCUGGCAAAGUUCACCUGUUUCAAUCAUCAUUCAAUCAUGAUCAGUGACCUUAAAACAAAUGUGGGCCAGUG